AUGAGCUGGAACAGGAAAAUCCUGCUUUUACAUUAGUGUAUGAGUAAUAAUAAUAUGAUGACAUGACAUAUGAUAGUACAUAGUCACACUGAACAUUUUUCUGCAUUGAGUAUUCUUUACAUUUAAUGCCUCAAGUAGAAUUUCCUUACAUACUUUUAUUUAAGUAUAUUUUGAAUGCAGAACUUUUAAUUGGAACAGGGUAUUUUGGUGGUACUGGUAGGCCUGCUUUAUUUAAAUAAAGGAUCUGAAUGCCCCCUUCACCACUGACCAUGCAUCUUAUAGCAUUGUUCCAUAUUUUCAUGCAUGUAGAAUCUUAAACUUGAAAGUAGUUGCAAGUUACAGCCCAGUAGGAAAAGUACAGAAUAGAUAGAAGAUUGAUAAAUUAUAUGCAUAUGAAAAUUGUAGUUAAAGGAAAGUCACACUAAAAUACUUAAUACUAAUUAAAAAUAUAUAUAUGUUUUUCUUACCUGUAGUGCUUUCUAUCAAACUAGAUUGUCUUGGUGUGAGAUGCCCCCAAACAAACAUUUCAAAAACUUAAUAGCAAUGUCUCUUUCCAGAAAUCAUGACCUAGUUACUCAAUAUAAUCCACACUCUACUUUCAGGCCUAAAUAUAUCCUGCUCAACAAAGGCAGGGUCUAAAAAUGCUCACUGAGCUGAAAAAUUUCAAACAGUCAGUACUGCCUAUUUACAUGUCAGAUAAAUCAGUCUGUCAGUUUUGCUAAGGGGUCCAGAGAUGCCACUCACAGGGCCACCGAUUCCUUUUAUUAUGAGCAACACCAUUUGUGAGGAAACACCGCCCUCUAGUGGCGCUGAGCGCUGCGGCAUUGUGGGUAGGAAAUACAACGCUAUGUGUAUUUCUACUGACACGUCCUGCUAGAUGGAGAGAUUAAAUUUCCUCUAUAAUACACCAUGACAUAUCACACGGAGCAAGGGUAGAAAAGCAGAUGGAGUAGUUCACUACUAGGCGCAUAAACCGGAUUAUGCACAUGGAUAAUCCGGGGGUUAUUUAUUCCAUCCUUUUCUAUUUUAUCAUCUUCCCUGUUUUUCCGUAGAAAACGCGAGUUACGUAGCCAGCAUUGCUCCGCCCUCGAUUACUGCAGUUAGCCUGAGACGUUACGAAGGAGUCCACCUCUGCACGGGACAGUCUGCAAAAUAAAGUACCGGGAAACCUUAUUUUUUUAAAUCUUGGACGCAGAUGCUCACAACUAGAUUUUAGCAGGGUUUGGAUGUUUUUCAACAUGGAUUACUAAUGAGAUCCUGACUGCAGGGCGGCUCGUGUCGACUGCUGCUUCCACAUUAGCCUUACAAUGUAUCAGACCAUACGGGCGCUUUUACUAUCAAAUGCCCGGUGCGUGGAUGCCAAUAGCGGGAGGUCAUAUGAGGACUUGUUUGAGAGGCUUGAUACCAAUAAAGAUGGGAAGGUGGACGUCGCUGAAUUACGAGCGGGCCUCAAGGCAAUGGGUAUAUUCCGCCAGGGUGCUGCACAGAAAAUUGUGUCUUCUGGUGAUCAGAACAAAGAUGGUAGCCUGGACUUCAAGGAGUUCAGCAAAUACCUGAAAGAGCACGAGAAGAAGCUGCGGCUGACAUUCAAGAGUCUGGACAGAAACAACGAUGGGCGCAUUGAUGCAUCAGAGAUCCAGCAGUCCCUUGCAGAGCUGGGCAUGGACAUCAGCAGAGAGAAUGCCCAGAAAAUAUUACACAGUAUGGACAUUGAUGGGACCAUGAUGGUGGACUGGAACGAGUGGAGAGAACACUUCCUGUUAUGCCCUGCUCACAACUUGGAGGAAAUCAUACGCUACUGGAAGCACUCCACGGUACUGGACAUAGGUGACAGUCUCGCCAUCCCAGAUGAGUUCACAGAGGAAGAGAAGAGCUCUGGUCAUUGGUGGAAGCAGCUUGUUGCAGGUGCAGUGGCAGGGGCAGUCUCUCGCACUGGUACUGCCCCUCUGGACAGAAUGAAAGUCUUCAUGCAGGUUCAUUCUUCUAAGACCAACCGGAUAAGUCUGGUCGGGGGCUUCAAGCAGAUGAUCAUGGAGGGAGGUCUGUCUUCACUGUGGAGGGGAAAUGGGAUUAACGUUUUAAAGAUUGCACCUGAGACUGCAAUCAAAUUCAUGGCAUAUGAACAGUAUAAAAAGCUGUUAUCAUCAGAGGACAAGAAAGUUCCGACACACAUGAGGUUUAUGGCUGGCUCUCUGGCUGGGGCCACAGCACAGACAGCCAUCUACCCAAUGGAGGUAUUGAAAACCAGACUGACCCUGAGGAAAACUGGCCAAUAUUCGGGAAUGUUUGAUUGUGCCAAAAAGAUCCUGAGGAAGGAGGGCGUCAAAGCUUUCUACAAGGGCUACGUUCCAAACUUAGUGGGCAUCAUUCCCUAUGCCGGGAUAGACCUCGCUGUUUAUGAGACUCUGAAGAACACGUGGUUGUCGUACCACCCCAAAGACUCAGCCAACCCUGGCGUGCUGGUGUUGGUGGCCUGUGGGACCAUCUCUAGUACAUGCGGCCAGCUGGCCAGUUAUCCACUCGCGCUUAUACGCACACGGAUGCAGGCACAAGCGUCUCUGGACCCAUCAGACCAGCCCACCAUGAGUAGCCUGAUGAAGAAGAUUGUAGCCAAAGACGGCUUUUUCGGACUCUACCGGGGCAUCCUGCCAAACUUUAUGAAAGUCAUUCCGGCUGUCAGCAUUAGUUAUGUUGUUUACGAGUACAUGAAGACUGGCUUAGGAAUUUCCAAAUGAUGCUGCAAGCUAAUGCAAAAAAGGACUUUGUCAGACUUGAAAAUGACAGACAUACAGAGCAUGACGUCCACCAGCUGGCAGGAGUUCAGCGGAUGCAGAGCUCUAUGUGUCCGACACAGGGUCAUCUGUCAGUAGCUAAAGCAUUUAUUGUUUGUGCUGAGCAUGCUUUAAUUUCAUCCUAUUGUUACACUUAAGACACUCCCAAAAUAUGAACACCAUCCAACAUGAUAUAAAGAUAGUACUGUACUAAAUGCAUAAAAAAUAGAAAACAAUACAUGUUGGGUUGUUAAAUUCAUCCCACUGUAAAAACUGUGAUCAUACCAAAAAAUGGUGACUCAUACUAUUGUGCUUUUUUCGUAACAAAAGAAAUAUUUUCUGUAUAGAAAGAGGUUAUCUAGCAGGAGAAGUAAUGGGUUUCAUUUCAAGGUGAAAUGCCUAUAUGGCAGUUUAAAUGUUCAAGUCCACACCCUUUAGAGGUAAUUUAACACUCUUCUAAGUUGUCUGCCCCCUAAGGUGACAUCAGCUCCAAACAAACACUGCUCCAGUCAGCAGCUGUCAGCUAAAAAUAACUUGCCCUGAAAAAUCAAUAACUUGUUAACACUGGAAUACUGCGUGCAUGAAGACAAAUGCAUCUUGUGCAAUAUGAAAAUCACUAAUUGUGUGUGUUCUUUGAUAAUAAUUUAAAUGUGCCUUAUAGCCACUUUGUGAACUCAACAGAUGUAUUUUCGUCCUACGCAUUACUGCAUUUAUGUACUGUAUACAAUCAUUUUUCAUUCAUGACUAUGGUUUUUAAUUACUGCUUGACAUGGCAACUCUUUCAAAUAGUAAUAACUCGUCAUUGGACUGAAAUACUUGCAUGUGCAUGUUUUUUUCUCAUGUCAUUUCUCAUUUCAACACAUCAAGACCUCCACCCCUAAGUGCACACAUACACACCCACUACAGGAUACGGUUACCGUUGACAUUUUGUUACUGGUUCUUCCACAUAGACCAGUGGUGGGACAUUUGUAUCUACCAUACAAGAUGACAAUCAGUCUAUUGUCUUUAUUAUAACUAACAUCUGUGUAGAUUUUAAACCCUUAAAAUGGAGUCCUGAUUCAUUGAUUGUUAAACUGAACAUGUGAAAACUCCCCCUACUAGUUUACCAUGGUCUUUCCUGGAGGGCUUACUGGAGAACAAUGGCUCAGUGGUGUUAUGUUCAGCCCCCAAGGGUGGAGCUCACUGAUCACUAGCUCCACCUAGUGGUUUAGACAGACACAACAUGGACACAUUACUGCUGAACAGAAAUUUUCAUUAGAAUACAAGUGAAGCAGAUCUUAAUGCAGGCUUGCUACAGGUGCUGGAAAUCCUUGAAAACACUUGAAUUUGAAUGUUUUUAAGGUUGCAAAUGCUUGGAUUUUUAAUAAAGUGCUGUGAAAUUUUGAUUAUAUAGGACGCCAAGUCUGCUUUACAAACAGGUGACACAUUUUUAAAUGCUUUGUUGUGUUUUAAUUUGUCAGCCUUCUGUAGAAUUCUGUCACAAAGCAUUUUUUAUUGUUUGUAGCAUAAUAACAUCUCACUUUAUAUGACAAAUAAGUGAAAUAGUAUACUGCAUGCACUGUAUUUAAAUGUGUUAGUUACCACAGCUGAUAGGUGCUAGAAAAGUUUGAAAAGGUAUUUUGGAAAUCCUUGAAAAGUUCUUGAAUUUGACUUUGGAAAGGGUGUAGAAACCCUGUGAUAUUAUUUUAGAAAUAUGUUUUUUAUUUCUUUAAUUAUUUAAGUUAGGGAUAUUAGACGUGUUUCUUCCUCUUAAGGAUACUUGCUGAUCUAAUAAAAUGCCAGGUGCAUUUUAAAUGGGCAGCAAUAGAUGUUAGAGCUGUUAUUGUAAAAGGAAAAAAACACCUCAAAAUACAGACUCAGUAGAAGAACUAAGACGGAAAAAUAAUUCCAUCAGCUUUAUUUGUUUUUUACCCUCUGAUUUUGAUAUAGAGUAGUUUCAUCCUUGUGUCCAUCUCAACUUCUCAGAAAUGUCGUUCUUUAUUCAAAAGGGAUUGAGAUAUUUGUUUAUAUUUUUCAAUAUAACUAAAAAGUUCUCUCAAUAUUAAGAGGAAAGAAUGGUUUAUAUCGUAAAUAAACAAUUACAGAUUUUGAAAGAAUUGAUGAGAUAUUUGACCGUAGAAAAGACAAUAACAGUAAAAUAGGAAUUCAAUGAGACAUGGAAGUACAUAAAUGAGGCCUUAAAGACUAAACAGUAACAGCAUUGCAGCAUUGGCCGGGAGGAGAGGGGAUGUGUGUGUUUGUGUGCAUGUGUGUACUCUGAGGUAUAUGUGUUAUGUGAAAGAUGAAUGAAUGUGAUAUGAAAAUACUUUUGUCAUGCAUUGUAUUUGUGAAUGUAUUAAUGUUUCACCACAUGUCUGACACCAUCCCAGAAUAGUAUACUUUAUACUCUUUUAGCCUACAUCAAGGUUGGUAUGUAUGAAAGCAUGAAACUAAAUAAAGAUUAUUUUAUAAUAUAUAAAUCCUUAUAGUAU